CAACAGCUUUCAUCACACACCUCGGGGAAAAUUGUAUUUUAUCAUCUUCAACACAACUGUAUAAAUAUUAAUAAUUAUUAUAAUUGUAAUAAUAGAAAAAUAGCAAUAAUAGCAGAAAAUGGGCAUGGGAAUUUCAGUUGAUAAUUUAAAAGAGGAGAAGUAUUUUCGUAAAUUUAUGGAUUCGCCUCUUAAAUGUUUGACCAAGUCGAUUUUGAAGAAACGAAUCGAGGAAGCAAAGAAAGAUCCCUCCCGAGCUUUACCUGUGAAUGAUGAAAUUAACAUGUUGGAUUUAUUGAGUGAAUUGCCAUCAGUUGCUGAGAGAGCUCAGGUAGGAUUUACAAUUCCACUUGGUUAUGAUGAAAUGAUUAAUUCGUGGAUUUUACCUAGUUUAUUGAAGAAGUGUGUUGUCUUUGAUGCCAACAAAACAAUUAGUGUUGAAAAGACGAGGGAUGAAACUCAAAUGGGUUAUCAGUGGUACUAUAAACAUUUGGAUGCUGUGUGUAGAGUAAAAUUGAGAAGGUAUGAAAUUGUGUUGGAUAAGAGUAAUGAGGAAGAGAGGGAAAUUUGGGAAUGGAUUUUACAAUUACAAAGAGGAAUUAAAGUGGAAGAAUUUAUUAAGAAAUUUGAGGAAAAGUUGGCUAGUGGAGAAUAUUCAAUUGUUUAUGAACCUAAAGAAUUCGAUUUCCAGGUUGCCUACAUUCAAGAUCCUAACGGUCCAUUUGGAGGUGCAUUGUGCUGGGCCAUUCAUGGAUCUUUACAUAUUAAAUCAACAGAUCAUUCUCAAACUGUUGAAACAUUGCCAGUGUGCAAUAUUGCGAAAAACGUCUACCAUAAGGCAACAUAUUUAUAUUCUAAUCAGCAACAAUUCGAUGCAGCAAAAAAUGGAAAAGAUCUUAUUGAAUAAAAUCCUUAAUAUCAGAUGUGCAGUUUGUGG